UGAAAAAAUCCCAAAAUCCCCGGUCGAAGAUCCGACGUCUUCAGAACCAACAACCACAAAAGCUACCACAACACAACAGGACAGCUCUACCGGUAUUGGACUAUCCUACGACAAGAGAAGAAAGAAAGAUAGACAGAUGGGGAGCUCCUCCAAGAAGAAGAAGAACCGCAAACGAACACGCUCACUAUCCUCGGAAGGUAGUAGUCGUGUCGAAGAGGAUAGCUUCAAACAAGUAGUGAAAGAAGUGAAAGUAGAUCCUUGGGCGUUGGCGGGGUGUCGAGGAGCAUCCCUGCGAGACGACAAAAAGGCAGUGCUGGCCGCCAUCAGCAAAGACUCGUUUGUCUUCCAGUAUGCGUCCGAAAGACUGCGGGAUGACAAGGGAGUUGUACUAGAGGCAGUGAAGCAAGAUGGAAUGCUACUCCUGUUUGCAUCCGACAGGUUGAAGGACGAUCCGGAUGUUGUUCUGGCAGCUUGCAAAACUUGCUACACUGCUUGCAACGCUGGCAAGCCCUGGAACCUGGCCGUAUUACAGCUUGCUUCUGACAGACUGCGCAAUCAAAAGCAGUGCAUGUUGGAAAUCCUUAAGUUCCAACGAGGGUGGGAAUCCUUGAAAUAUGCGUCCAAGGGGAUCCAGGAAGAUCGAGAAGUGGCCCUGCAAGCCGUAGCCCAAGAUGGAAGGGCUCUCGCACUGUUAGCACCCAAAUUUCAACACGACAAGGAAAUUGUUCUAAAGGCAGUAGAGAGUCAUGGAUCUAUGCUUCAUCGUGCCAACCAAAAAUUCUGGAAGGACAAGAAGAUUGUCCUACAAGCGCUCAGCCACAAAGAUUGUGGCUGGAUGUUACAACAUGCUUCGGAAGCGCUUCGCAGUGACAAGACUGUUGUCAAGGCUGCCAUUGGAAAUGGGGACAUUUAUGCGCUACAAUAUGCAUCCGAAGAUGCACAGUCCGAUCCAGAAAUUCUUAAACUGGCCAAAGAAAGUGCAAAGCAGGCUUUUUUGGUGCAUCAUGCCGAACCCAAACGAUUCCGGGAAUUGCCACCGCCGUUGCAAGAUGACAAGGAAAUUGCACAGGCAGCUAUUCAAAGUCCCUAUUUCUCUUCGACCAUGAUGUCGCACAUGUCCGAGAGACUCCAGGAGGAUGUGUCACUUUUCCAAGAGGCACUGGAGCGGCAACGCGUACUGUUGAAGGGUGCCACACCACCCGCUGGAGAGCACGUGCUGGAUUUUGCUCCACUCUCCAUUCGGUCCGAAUUGGAAAUUGAAGAAAUCCGGCAAAAUCCUCUGCGGUUCCAUCACUUGCCCGAAGAGCUUUGUCAUAAUCGAGAAUUUGCUCUGGCGGCGGUGACGGCCAAUCCCAAGGUUCUCAAAUUCCUUCCUUCUUUCUUUCGAAACGAUCGAGAUGUUGUUCGAAUGGCCAUUUCACAGGAUGCCAGUUCCCUGGAAUAUGCCGCGGCAGACUUGAAAUCAAAAGAUAUGGUGUUGCAAGUUGUGAACAAGAGUGGAAUGGCACUCAAACAUGCGGGUGACUUGUGGAGGCGAGACCGAGAGAUUGCCGAGGCAGCCGUGCGGCAUACGGGUGCGGCCAUUCAGUUUGUGGCAAAAGAGUUGGUCGAUGCACAUCCCGAAAUUGCAAGGACAGCCGCCACACGUAAUCUGGGUGCUAUCCAAUUCAUUCCAGAACCUCUCAAAUCCAAGCUGAGAAAUGAUCCGGAAAUCGUGGCCAAAGCAGGCCGCGGCCUCCCGCCGUCGGCUUUUUGGUGCCAUGUGGGAGAAACGCUCCGAAAACGUGUUGCAUCCGCAGUCUCGGCUCUCCGACAGCAUUGUGGAGUCUCUGGUACUGAUGAAAUCAAGUCGACAAUACACGACGAGAAGAGCAUAUUGAAGGUUGCAGAAGAGCUACGUGAGAGAAAGGAAGACCAAUUGAAUGAAAGCAUCACCAACCUAGUGGUUUGUGCUCCUUUGCUUACGAUGUUUGCUGGAAGCAGCAGUUGUUGGGAUGAGGAUGUGGGGAUGACAUGGAAUGAACUACCUGUAUGAAUGGUAGUUGCGGACAGCAUGUUGGCUGGAUAGGCUAAUUUAUCAGAGAUGGAAUGGUGAUGCCUCCCAACAUGCUAUUGUACGCCUAUACGAGGGAGUGAUCUACGAGAAUUCCAGGGACUAAUUAAACAGCAAUGGUUUUGAUGUGUACACAUCUCUACAUUCGAA